ACAAGCAGGGGGAGUGGAAGGCAGAGGGAGAAGCUGGCUCCCUGCUGAGCAAGGAGCCCGAUGCGGGGCUUGAUCCCAGGACUCUGGGAUCAUGACCUGAGCCAAAGGCAGAUGCCCAACGACUGAGCCCCCAGGCGCCCCUGGACUAAUGAUUCUGGACACUGACUCUCGCUCAGCUCACCAGAGAGCUCAGGAGAAACACGCCAGGUCCCUUCCCUUGACAGUUGAGGUGAAUCCACGUGCUGUGAUGUGUCAUUGAAGAGAAGCUGGGCAUUUCUGGGAGCUUUUGCCUCCCCUGUUCCUAUGAGUGUUACAGCAUUCUCUUAGGUUGUCUCCCGCUGUUGCUCCCAGUUUUCACAUCGUUAGUGACAGAGAAGACGGAUUCUCCCAACGUCUUUCUCUUUUCAUUUCCUCUGCCCCCCACGCCAAGCCCCACUCCCUCCAUACCCCCUUACCCCAACCCGGGAACUGAACUCAGAACUCGGUCCCUUCCCUGCAUCCUUCAGCAUCACUUUGUCUUUCACGUACCAUGUGCCAUGUACAUGCACUCUGUCCAUUUUGAAAUCGUGGGUUUGAACUUCUCUUACCUCCUCCACAAUUUAGCACUUUGUUCUCUCAGUCAUUGUUUCCCUAAUAAUUUGUUGGGGUUUCACAGGGCCUUGAGGGCCUUACAUAAUCGCUUCUACCGCAGACUCUGGGACCAGAAUAUAUUUGCUAAAUCAAGUUCCCCACUUCCAUUCACUUACUUCCCAGGUAAGAACUUUAUGCCUCCAACAAAUACUUUUCUUCUUGUUUGAAGACCUCUUUUUACAGAUUUUCGAAUGCCUUAAGUCUUUUAAACCUCUGCACCUUAUAUAAUUAAGCCUUUAAAGAGCUUAUCUUCUCAACAAAACUUUGGCUUGAGCAUGGCUAAAACAGUUACAGAAUCAACUGGAAAGGGAAAAAAAAAAUCUUGAUCUAACACUAAAGCCUUUCCAUUCUGCAAGGUGAAAUCCUUUGACCUAGAUCUGUCCCUUAAAAGGCAAGUGACUGUAAGAAAUUCUAAGAUUUUCUUAGACUUUAAAGAGCAUUGGUAAAUAUUGAUAUAAAAAGUCAGGUUCAUUAGCCACUUUUAUUUGAUUUUCCUGAAAACCUGCCAGACAGAAAGUUCUCAUUUUUAUCCACCUUCAUUGUUACCCCCAGAGCAGCUCUCUCCAUGGCAACUGAAAACUUCUCUGGGUUGAAAUAAUCCUCUCCAGCUUCCAGUGCACAGUCAAGGAAUUUUAAAAACAGAGGACUUUGUAACCACAAAAUACUCUCCGAGAUUUAAAAGGCCACGGAGCUCCAGAUAAAUAAUCAGUUAUCUUUCUUCUAACGAAAGUCCUCUGAUUACAAGCUGACACCGACAGCAAGCCACCCAACUCCAUCGCACACCGACUGGAGGUAAAGGAAGGGUGGAAAUGGGCUUCUGGACAAAGCUUCCAGUAUUGGGGGUGCCGUUGUUCCUUGUCCUCGGCCUUGUUCCCGCUACUGAGAUGGAAAGACCCUCCACCCAGGAUAGCGGCGGCACCUGGAGCCCCGGCCACCUGAUGGAAGUACUACGAGCUCUGUCUGCUGGUGACCCCCCACCCCUGAACCAUUCGCGAAGCCUCAUCGAAACCUUGCUGGAGAAAACUGGCUGCCCACGGAGGACAAACAGAAUGCAAGGAGGCUGCAGUCUGUGCUUUGAACCAGAUGCCCUGUUACUAAUAGCUGGAGGAGAUUUUGAGGAGCAGCUCCGAGAGGAAGUGGUCCAGAGGGUUUCUCUUCUCCUCCUCUAUUACAUUAUUCAUCAGGAAGAGAUCUGUUCUUCCAAGCUCAACAUGAGUAAUAAAGAGUAUAAAUUUUACCUACACAGCCUCCUCAGCCUCAGGCAGGACGAAAACUCCUAUUUCCUUUCACAGAACGAGACAGAAGACAUCUUGACACUCACCAGGCUGUACUUUGACACUUCUAGAAGCCAGUGUAUGGGAACCAAAAUGCUGCAGGAAAAAUCUGGAAUAGUGAGCAGUGACGGUGCUGAUGAAAAUACACUUCCUCAGCUGGCGGCGACAAUCAUCGCUUUGUCCCUCCAAGGUGUUUGUCUGGGGCAAAGGAACUUGCCUUCCCCAGACUAUUUUACGGAAUAUAUUUUCAGUUUUUUGAAUAGUUCAAAUACUCUCCAUCUCUCGGAACUAGACCAACUCCUCAACAUUCUCUGGACCAAAAGUACCUGUAUCAGAAAAGAUAAAAUCCAUCAACUUCAAAGGAAACAAAACGACCUAUCAAUCUAUGAUUGGGGCUACCCUAAUCUAUCCGUAUCCACAGGCCAAGAGUCAGAUGAUGGUUCAGCUUCCUGGGAUGAGUCUUGCUUCUCUGCGGGGCAGCUGGUGGAGAUAUUUCUACAGAACAGCCUUUCACCCAUUUCCAAGGAAGACUUCAAACGAAUGAGUCCCGGAAUCGUCCAGCAAUUACUCAGCUGCUCUUGUCAGCUGCCUGAGGACCAACAAGCAAAGCUGCUACCAACCACUCUGGAGAAAUAUGGCUACAGCACGGCGGCCGUGGCCUUGCUCACACUGGGCUCCAUGCUCGGGACGACGCUGAUUCUGUUCCACAGCUGUGAGGAGAACUACAAGCUGAUUUUACAGCUCUUUGUGGGGCUGGCCGUCGGGACACUUUCUGGGGAUGCUCUGCUCCACCUUAUCCCUCAGGUCCUUGGUUUACAUAAGCAGGAAGGCUCAGAGUUUGGACAUUUCCAUGAAAGCAAAGGCCAUAUUUGGAAACUGUUAGGAUUAAUUGCAGGCAUCCAUGGAUUUUUCUUGAUAGAAAAAUGCUUUAUUCUUCUGGUAUCACCAAAUACUGAGCAGGGCGUGUCCUUAAUUAAUGGGCAUGUGGGCCAUUCCCACCAUCUUGCACUCAACUCUGAAUUAAGUGACCAGUCAGGCAGAGGCAAAUCUGCUUCAACUAUCCAGUUGAAAGGCCCAGAAGAUUCACAGGCAGCUGAAAUUCCUGUAGGCAGUAUGACAGCCUCCGAAAGAAAAUGCAAAACCGUUAGCUUCUUAGCAAUAAUGAUACUGGUUGGGGACAGCCUGCAUAAUUUUGCAGACGGCCUCGUGAUAGGAGCGGCCUUCUCAUCUUCAUCCGAGUCGGGAGCGACCACCACACUUGCAAUCUUGUGUCACGAAAUUCCACAUGAAAUGGGAGAUUUUGCCGUGCUCUUAAGCUCUGGACUUCCUAUUAAGAUUGCCAUCCUUAUGAAUUUUAUAAGUGCUCUCACUGCCUUCAUAGGACUAUUCGUUGGCCUCUCAGUAUCAACUGAUCCGUGUGUUCAAAACUGGAUCUUAACAGUUACUGCGGGAAUGUUCUUAUACUUAUCCUUGGUGGAAAUGCUUCCUGAAAUGACUCAUGUUCAAACACGGCGACCCUGGUUGAUGUUUCUCCUGCAGAACUUUGGAUUGACCCUAGGUUGGCUUUCUCUCUUACUGUUGGCUAUAUAUGAACAAAAUAUUAAAAUAUAAGUUAAAGAGUAUCAAAAUCCUUCAAAAGCGAAUUUAUACGGCUUAAUUUUGUUUCUUUUGUUGUACUCUAGAGUGGCUGGUAAAUUAAGCAUUUUUAUCUUCGAGGAAGGGUGUGUGUUAUUUAGUUCAUUAACUUAUUAAUUUUAUGAUGCACUUUUGUCUUAGGAUAUAAAUGUCAGGUUGUCCUCAAUUAAAAUUUUGGUAUCAGUACCCAGCACCAUGAUGGAACUCCUAUCUUUUUGAGUAAUUAGCAAAUUCUAAAUUAAUGCUGGUAAACUUUCAAACAAUAUUGUUUUGCUAACAAAGAAUGUUUGUAGUGUUUGAAGUGGACAGACGCCUGCUGGGAUCAAAUCGGCGGCAACUUCUUUGAUGUCAAUAAUAUUUUUCUUCUUGUAAGACGAGAAACCAUAAGCAAAAUAAAUUACAAAUAAAUGUAAUAAAGU